AUGGGGUUCCUGGUGCAGAUCUGUGAGGCCCUGCGCCCGCAUCUGCACACAGAGGGGCUGUUCCGGAAAUCCGGCUCCAUGACCCGCAUCAAGGCCUUGAAGGCCCAGCUGGAGGCCGGGGAGAGCUGCCUGGACGCGGCCGCCCCCUGCGACCUGGCCGCGCUGCUCAAGCAAUUCCUGCGGCACCUGCCCGAGCCCCUCAUCCCGGCCGAGCUGCAGGAGCCCUUGUGCCGCGCCCAGCAGCACCCAGCCGAGGGCGAGCGGGGCCCCCUCACCCUGCUGCUCAGCUGCCUGCUGCCCCGCCACAGCGCCCGCGCCCUCCGCUACUUCUGCACCUUCCUGCAGGACGUGGCAGCCAGGUGCCAGGAGAACAAGAUGGACGAGGCCAACCUGGCCGUGAUCUUUGCCCCCAACCUCUUCCCCAGCUGCGUGCUGAGCGAUGCGCUGGGUGCCGAGCGUCGGCUACCACUCCAGGCGGGUGCCGUGCAGGCCCUGAUCAGCCACGCGCCCCACAUCGGCAGAGUCCCCCAGUUCCUCCUGGACAAAUUCCCAGCUCCUGCCCCUGAGCUGGACAGUGGCCGCCAGAGCCAGGCGGGGCCCAGGGAUGCCAGAGAUGGGCUGGCAGAGCGGCACCGGAGGCUUCGCCGGAGGAGCGUUGGUGAGAUUGUGAACGGGGCCCUGACCAAACUCCGAGUGGGGCGUGGUGCCGGGGGGCCUCUGGCCCAGGAGCCAAGAGUGGACUCCCCGAAUGUCUCCAGCCUGGUGCCCCGGACCCUCCCCUUCGGCGCCAAGCGCAAGGCCUUGGAGGAGCUGGCCCAGGAGGCCCAGCUGGGCACCAAGAAGCGGAGACCCGCCGUGGGGCCGGCUGGCUCGGAUCUGUCCACGGACGAGGCCGGGGACCCCUUCGAUCAGCCCCCAGAUGAUGGUACGGCCAGGGGGGCUGACUGCCCGCGGGCUCCAGCCAGCCCCCAUGAGGUCUUCGCCAACAGCCCCCCAGAGUUGCCCCCUGCUGCGGAGACUCUGCCCCCCAGCGCCGGCCUGCACCGAAGGAAGAGCAGCUGCAAGAGGCGUCCUCGGAGGAAGCUCUCCGGCCGAUCCGCCUGUGGCUCCCCAGCUCCCUUCGAGCGGCAGGAUGCGGGGCGCAAAUCCUUGCGCAUCUUCGCCCACAGCGGGAAGGAGCAGCCUCCCCCGGGCCCCGCCAAGCGGGACGCCAAGGCCCCCGAGCCCAGCAGCUGGCAUCUGAUGAAGCGGAUGGUGGCAGACGCCCUGGAGGGGCACCGAGCCCCGCAGAGCUGGGUCCCGCUGCCCUUGUCCAGUCCCACAGAGCUGGAUGAUGGGACACCUGCUGUCGAAGGCCCCGCUGCCGGGCAGAGCAAGCGAGACCCCGGGCCCUGCGCGGGAUCCGCAGAUGCCAGCAAGAAGCCGUGCGCCACGGAGCUGGACCUGGAGGCCUGGUUCAGAAGCCGCACUGGGGCCCCCCGCAGACAGCAGCGGGCCCUGCGCAGGUCCCUGAGCUGGCCUGAGGGCCUGUCGGGGGCAGAGGGCAGCGUCAACGACCUCCCAGGAGCAGCCAGGUCAGGAAGCUCCCCGUCCCGCCCUGGAGGAGGUGAGAGGGAGCCGCUGGAUGGCACCCCAGGGAGCCGACCUGGUCCGGAGCCGCUGGGCACCCCCAUGCUGUGCGUCACGCUGGCCCCCGGCAGUGCUGUGCCCGGCUGCCUGGGGGCCGGAGAGGGUGGCCCGGAGCCAGAGGGGGAGCGGCCGGCUCCUGGCUCUCUUUCCCAGCGUCUUCCCGGCCCCGACGGUGCCCCCAAGCGCCAUGUGAAGCGACUGACCCUGGCCUUCCCGCGCUCCUCCACCCAGCCCGCCGGAGCCGGCACCCCCAAACGGGCAGCCCGGGGCCGGCGCUUCGGGCGCUCGCUCAGCCACGAGAGUGCCCUGCCCCUGCCCGCCGGGGCCAAGGCCUUGGGGCGGGGCGACCCCGGCCUGCAGCCCCCCAAGAGUCCACUGAGCUACUUCCGGGCCUGUGGGCGGCAGAUCUUCGUCAGCCACAAGCGCCUCACCCUGGCCUUCGUGGGACUGCGGGGCCGGAGGGAGCCGGGCACUGCCGUGCCCAAUGCCAGCCCCCGGGACGUGGCACCCAACCCCCACCUGCCCCUCCUGUGACCCCCAGCUCCAGCAGCUGCUGGGGGCCAAUUGGCGUCACUCCCCAAAAUCCCCACUGCCGGGUACUAAACUCACCGCCAGCCAGGACUCCCUGGAUCUGUGAAGGGGCGGGGGGUCCAUGGUGCCCCCCCCCUUGAUGUGCUGCAUUCCCCUGCCUUCUGGGGGGCAAACUGGGCCUCGAAGUUUGGAAUCCCCUAGGCUGCGGCUGAGCCCUCCCCUUGCCCUCUGGACCUCUGUGUGACCCAAACCGGCUGGGGCACCCCGGCUGCCUUGCCCUAGUAGCCACGUCCUCUCCGGGUCCCGGCGGGCAUGCUGUGUGAGAACUAUGAAUUCUUUGUGCAUUUCAGCCCCCGGCCGGCCAUUCCCGAGCCGCUCUGUGCCCUCACCCGCUGGCCUCUGGGAAGCUGGCUCGUCCUGGGCUCAAAUUCCGAGGCCGAUUUCUCCGCUGGGGUUUUUUACCCUGUUAUCGCCUGGUACCAGCUCCUCGCGCCUGGGUUUCUGCUGCCAGCUCUUUCGUGCCUUGGGCUGCGGUUUCUGCGUUUCGCUGUGGGGUGGAGGGGGCGGGGGGGGGGGGUGAGAGAGCACUGCUUGCUUCUGGAGACGGGCCGUGAUGUGUGUAUGAAGUGUAGGGACUGGUGUCUUUCCCUGAGCCGGGGGCGUGCGGGGUCUCCCCUCGGAGUUGCACUCAAUCCUUCUGAAAGCAAGAAGGCCCACGGGGUCGAAGUUUCUUUCCUUUCAAAUGUUUAAAUUUCUUCCAGA